AUGCGUGUGAACCACACAAUGUGUGAUGCAAUUGGAUUUGUUCAAUUCAUAAAGGGCAUAGCAGAAAUAGCCCAAGGUGCAUCAAACCCUUCAAUGCUCCCAGUUUGGUGUAGGGAGCUUCUUUGUGCCAGAGAUCCACCAAGAGUUACAUUCAUCCACCAUGAAUACAACCAACUACCGCUUGAAAAUGACAACCAAAGUGUCUCCUUCAAACCCUGCCAUGCUUCCUUCUUCUUUGGCUCCAAAGAGAUUGAUGCAUUGCGCUGCCUCUUCCCUCCUCACAUUGCUCAAUCUUCCACCACCUUCGAUGUCCUCACUGCAUGCCUCUGGCGUUGUCAUACAGCUGCCCUCCAAUGGAAAAACCCUAAUCAAGAGGUUCGCUUCACGUGUGUAGUCAAUGCACGUUUUGAACCUUGCAGGCUUAAUCCUCCACUACCUGAAGGGUAUUAUGGCAACGCUUUUGUGCUUCCUACGGCAGUUUCCACCGUGGAAAUGCUUUGCCGGCUACCUUUGAGCUAUGCAUUGGAGUUGGUGAAGAAAGCAAAGAAAGAAGCAACUGAGGAGUAUGUUCACUCUACUGCCGAUUUGAUGGCCAUUAAGGGAAGGCCUCCACUUUUCUUGACAGGAUCUUUUAUUAUGUCAGACAUCAUAAAAUCUGGGAUAACAGAUGUGGAUUAUGGAUGGGGUAAGCCUUUGUAUUCUGGACCAGAUAAGGCUGGUAUGGAUGAUAUUCCUGGUUUGAGCUUCCAUAUUCCAUAUACUAACUCUAAAGGAGAACAUGGUAGACUAGUUUUAAUUUGCCUUCCAGAAGAAGCCAUGAAAAGGUUUGAGAACGAGCUUAAUGGAAUACUUCAGAUCAAGGAUAAACAAAACCCUACCAAGUCAAUUUCCAAUCUGUAG